GUCUCUCGUACGUUCCUUCGGAUCGCUCGGCUAUUGGCUCUCGGCGCUGUCAGUCUUGGGUGGUGCUCGCUCCGAUUGGCCGAGGAGGCGGGCGCGUGACACGUCACAGCUGAUCGGACGGGUGGAAGCAGCGGGACAGAGCGGACGAAAUGGCUGCCAUACGUAAGAAGCUUGUGAUCGUGGGUGAUGGCGCCUGCGGUAAGACCUGUCUGCUCAUCGUCUUCAGUAAAGACCAGUUUCCUGAAGUCUACGUCCCCACCGUCUUCGAGAAUUACGUGGCCGACAUAGAGGUCGACUCCAAACAGGUGGAGCUGGCUCUAUGGGAUACCGCCGGCCAGGAGGAUUAUGACCGUCUCCGACCCCUGUCCUAUCCCGAUACUGACGUCAUCCUCAUGUGUUUCUCCAUCGAUAGCCCCGAUAGUUUGGAAAACAUCCCUGAGAAGUGGACUCCGGAGGUGAAGCAUUUCUGUCCCAAUGUGCCCAUAAUAUUGGUAGGAAAUAAGAAGGAUCUGAGGAACGAUGAGCACACUCGGCGUGAGCUAGCUAAGAUGAAGCAGGAGCCGGUGAAGCCCGAAGAAGGCCGGGAUAUGGCAAAUAGGAUCAGUGCUUUUGGCUACCUGGAAUGCUCGGCUAAAACAAAGGACGGUGUGCGGGAAGUGUUUGAGAUGGCCACCAGAGCCGCGUUACAGGCCAAGAGAGGCCGCAAGAAGAACACGUGUAAUCUCCUCUAAAGUGCGGCCAAACAGCGAAAGAGAGAACCUCCCCCAUUGCCCCCUCCCCUCCUUCCUCGCGCAUUCCAUCUUUGCCCCCCUCCCUCUGCCCGCUAGGCUCCGGUUCCGUCCUGUGCCUUGUGGCUGAUGAGGGGCGCCCCCUUCCCCAUCACGAUGAAGCUGCGCACCACUCCUUCUAUGCCUGCCACACUGCCUUAUUACGAAUGGACCUUUCCAGAGGUCAAGCCGUGGGGAGGAGGCAAUGCCAACGCCUGCCGGUCCUUCCCGCCAUCACGAGACGUGGUCGGUGCCAUGCUUUGCCGGUCCCAUCCACUAGGAGACAGGAUCCGUGUUCUUUAGGAAACUUAAGAUAAUGUCGGGCUCAGGUGCCAUGUUUAUUUUGUUUAUUUUAGGACUUUCGGAGGAGUUGGUGACGUCUUUUGCAUCUUCUAAACCUUAUGGGGGAAGGAGGGAGGGGGGGGACGACGGGCAGUGCCAUGUUCUCCGUGAUCUCUCCUCGAUAACCAGCGCUGGUUUAGGAGUUACGCGGUAGCAGAAUUUUGGGGGAUUUUAUUCUGCUUUACACACACACAAAAAAAAAAAAAAAAAUGUAAAAAUAAAAACUGAUCUUCCCUUUCUAUAUAUACAUAUAUAUAUAUAUAUACGUCUCAGAUGUUUGUACGUGAGCGAGCUUGGCCCA